AUUGUAAAGAUUUUUCCCUUAAGUGUUACACAACUAUUAUGGAUGAUGACAGUUGUAAUAAUUGAACAGUUUAUCAGUUUUGUUUGGUGAAAAUAAUUAUUGGCUCUUGGUGGGUAGUAUUUUAUAUUUCGGAGUGAUUCAGUUCAGGCGGAUUCUGAUGAUUUGCAAAUCCCCAGUCAGUGCCGAACUGUGUGUGAAGAAUUUUAAUAUUUAUGCUACACGUUAGGACAGGAAGAACCAACCCUGAGUGGUGACUAGAUAGACAUGUUUUCCUUCUUCGGGAGCAGGAAGAAAAGUCCAGAGAAUGAAGACAGCACGGAGGAAGCUUCGUCAUCUGAUCCUGCCAGGUCGGCCAACGACUACGUUUUUGUGGAGCGAAGGCAGGACGCGCCCGGCUACGGGAACAGCGAAGUGUACCCAACGCUGCCAUACCCCGUCGCACCGCCUUCAUUCAGGCCCCCUGAGGCACCCGCGAGUGGCAGAGGUAGCAGCAGCAGCAGCAGCGGUAGCGCGGUAGCCAAUCAGAACUCCCUAAGUGGCGUGCCCUUCAAGCUGUCCUCUAAAGCAGAGUACGAUGCAGACUCGUUCCUGGGCGCCGACCUCAGCGAAAUCAUGUACCAAAUCAGACACCUGGACUUGUCGAGCUUCGAGUACGACUUCACGGUCGAGAAAAGUGUUUUGCGAGAAGUUGGUCAGGAAAACUUUCAACCCUGACUGAAAUCACAGCUAUAAUGAUUUUUUUUUUUUUUUUUGCAUUUUCUUUAAACAUACUUAAAAGCUUAUAAAUUUUAAUUGCUUCAUAAACAUUUUGAUGAAAAUCCUUGACAGAAAACAUAUUUCUGCAUAUUCCUUUGCAAGAACUUGGUUUUUCAUGUUUAGCUGAUGUGAUAAGUUAUCGUAUUCACUCGAAUGCAAGACGAGUCCCACAAUUUGCCCUUUCAUCAUGAGAAAAAUAAUUUUUAGGUAAGUACUGUUGGAAUUAGAUGUAACAAACAGAGCAGCUUAUGCAUAUGUGAAAUAAAUGGGCUGUGAUAUGUAGCUCAGCAUUAAUUAAAGUCGCAAGCAGGAAAAGAAUACCACGAUAAGAAUCUUGUCUUUGUACCCGAAUGUAAGAUGCAUUUGCUGAAGCUUGGAAAAAUAAUCCUUGCCUUGCAUUUGGGUAAAUAAGUUAACUUGGAAACAUCCCGAAGCUUAAACGUUCAAAAUUGAGUGUGUGGAGAUGAUUUAAGACUUGGAAAAACAUCAUGCUUAUAUAUUUUGCUUCAGUUAUGUCAUAUUUUUGUAUGUUGUUUUCAGAAUUGAUUUCGGACUGGCUGGCCAGGUACCAGUGCUUAACUAGACUUGUAUUCAUCUACUGUUGUAGCAGUCAUUUCAGAAAUGUUUAUUUUGCCAUCACAUUAUCAGGUAAGUUAUUACCAGACAAUACCAAAAUAAUCAUAUGCUGUACUAUCUUAUGGCAGUUUACAUGUGAAACCGCUUAGCACAUCCAACAUUCUUGGUAUCUGCAAAUGGUCGACUAAUCCUCUGUUAAUGACCAAGGAUUUGGACUGGCAGCUUAGCCUAAGAUUUCAGUUUGAUUCCCCUUUAUAUUAAUUUUAUAACUGAUAUUUCAGUUCCAUAAUGGUGCACUCUUACGUUUGUUCAGGUAUUCUCUCAUGCAAGUACUAGGAGUAAAUUUGCUACACGCGUGAUCAGUUACAGAAAAAUUUCUUUUUGGUAGAUUGUGCAAUUGGUGCUUUAUGAAAUAAAUGUUUGAGGCAGUUACAAAUUCAAUGUGUGUAAUUGUGUAUAAUAUUGAAGGUACUUCAUUUCUGUUCUAACUAGCUAGUAAUCCAUAGGUAUCACAAAUGAUAUUGCACAAUUCAAUAUUAUAAAGUUGUAUAAUUUUUCUUUGAAAUGUAUCACGAUACAUUUGUGCAAUUGUUCUGUUUCAGUUUAAAAAUGUUGCUUAUCUUCUGUGCAGUGUAGCAAAUGUGAAUUUGUAUCAAACAUAUGGUAUUUGUAUCAAACAUAUGGAAUUGCUAUGUUAAUACUGUAUAUAAAUAUUAUUUUUUUAAGCUGUAGAUGUAUAAUAAAGUUACGUUGCUCGUAUUCAAA